AUGGCAGUUGUACUUCCCUCACCACCCGCCACCGCCAGCCCUGGGCUCGACGGCGUGGUCACCAAACCAGACACCACCACGAGAGCACCGAGAGUCAAGCCAACGAAAGAGGAUCUCCUCAAGACGCACGCCGUCCACGUCCAGAAACAGGCCAACUCGCCCGAGAACGCGCCGAGACCCGUCAAGCAGCCCAACUUGGCGCUUGCCUAUCCUGCUUCGACAAAGUCGAUUCGCGAAGUUGAUAUUAUCCCUCUAUCACAACUCGAGGUCAACUCACACCACCGAGGUUCAGGCCUCAUUCUCAAAGUCAUCAGCCCACCAUUCCUUGGGGCGGGAGCAGUGAGCAUAGUCGAGGAUGAGUUCGGUAAUGUGGACAAGAUCUCCAUCUACAACCAGAAUGACUCGUCUAUCCUUUCUGGUGUACCAGAAGGGUGCAUCAUUGGUGUGAAGGAGCCCUACUACACCAUCAACGGGAAGAAUGCGGAUGGGAGCGAGGAUUACAUGAUCUGUGUCGACCACCCAUCAGAUGUGACGCUGAUUAGGUUCACCGACCCCAUCAUUCCUGAGCCAUUGAGAUUGGGACCAUUGCUCAAGACGGCGGAGGACUGGAAGAAGGCGGGCGAUACGGCGUUUUUGGAGAAGGACUUCCCAACGGCGGUGUUCUGCUACACCGAAGCUCUGGAUUGUGCCGAGGAUGAAGGAUUCAAGCCAUCAAUCUACACCAAGCGCGCCGGGACAAGUCUAAUUCUCGGCCGCUAUGAUUCCGCGAAGGAGGAUGCUCUCGCCUCUCGAACGGGCACCAGCACGGACUGGAAAGCAUACUACACUGCUGGGAGAGCAUGCUAUGGGCUUUGCAACUACUCGGAAUCGAAGGAAUAUCUUUCCAAGGCUCUCGAGCUCAACCCAACCAACCCAGCCAUCAAGAAGGAGUACGAGCGGUGUCUCGCCAGGCUGCACGAGGAGGAGACUGGCGACUACGACUUUGAAGCCAUCUACAAGUCCCUGAGCCCAAAGAACGUUCACCUGGAUUUGGGGUCUUUCACCCGUAACACAGAGGUAAAGGCAAGCCCGCUCCACGGAAGAGGAUUGUUCGCCACCAAGGAUCUCGCACCCGGGGAUCUUGUCUUUGCAGAAAAGGCCACCCUGAUGCCCAACCAGUACGAGCCGAUGAGGGCGUCGGCUGCGCUGUAUGCCUUGACCGUCCGUCAACUGCUAGACAACCCAUCACUGUGCAAGUCAGUACUCCAGCUCUACCCCGGCGAGAUGACCUACGAGCGAAACCCGCUCGAAGGCACCCUCGUAGAUGGUGUUCCAGUCCUAGACGUCUUCGUCAUCGAAGGCCUCCGCAACAAGAACUGCUUCUCCGUGCCCCUGUCAACACUCGAAGACACCAGGCCAACCGCCCAAGAAGGUCGCCAAGCAAAAGGUCUCUGGGUCCACGCCAGCAACCUCAACCACGCCUGCGUCCCCAACACCCUCCGAUCGUUCCUCGGCGACAUGCUGAUCUCCCGUGCGACUCGACACAUCAAGGCAGGCGAGGAAAUCUUCCAGCAAUAUGUUCCCGUCAAAUCCCUCCCUGAUGUCCGCAACGGGGUGUACAAAGACGGAUGGGGUUUCGAGUGCUCGUGCACCCUGUGCGUCGCCGAGCUCAAGCAAUCGUCGGAGGCUAGUCGAGAGAAGAGGAAGGAUUUGCUCGCGCAGGUGGAGAAGAUCUUGAACAAGAAGACGCCGAGGGCAAAGACGAUUAUUCCCGACGCGACAAUUCGAUCGGUGGAUAAGCUGAUGAAGCAGUUGGAGGAGGCGCACGAGCCGGAGAUUUACGGGCGAUUGCCGAGACUGACGUUGAUUUACGGGAGCAAUUGGUUGGUUGGGGCGUAUAGGGGGAAGAAGAACUACUCUAAGACGAUUAGACAUGCGGUGAAGGUGUUGAGGAACUUUGGGUUUGAGAUGCCGCAGGGGGCGGAGAGCCAGGACAAGGUGUGGGACCCGAGGCAGAUGUUCUUUUCGGAGGAGUGGCAUUCGUUGAUGACGAUUCAUGUGGUGGUUGCCUUGAGGAGGUUGGCGGAGGCGUACAAUGGGUUGGGGAAAAAGGAGAUGGCUGAGAGGAGUGUGGAGGCGGCCGAGUUUGGCUAUAUGCUCGUUACUGGGUUCAAGAAUGACCUGAGCAAUUUGGAUAGGUAG